GGAAGCUUAUCUGAUGAAGAACCUUGUUAAAAAUAUUGAAGAGAGGUUUGAAUACAUGAAUCCAUUCAAUGGGAACCGCCUGGCUAAGUACUACAUAGACAGAAUUUCACGGUAAGUCUCAAUACAGGGGUUUUAGCACAGCUAACAUUAUGUUGGCACAUUUUGCACACAACAUAUUUAUGUCUAGAUUUAGCAUCAUUACGUUUAUAAUUAGCUUUUAACCUGAAAAUUUUCUGAUUUUAUAGGAAGAAAGCUAAUUAUUCUAAAAUGCAUCCUUCAUUUGAUAAAUGCACUAGAUGGAUAAUUUUGAAACAAAAGAACAUGGAUAAAUUGAGAAUAAUCUCAGACCUCCUAAAACCCAAAAAGACCCACAACAGGCCAAUCCCUUGAUGUGACCUACUAAACGGGUCUUCCUUCACUUCAAAAAUCCUGCAAACACUAAGCUCACUCAACUCCUCAAUUUGCUUAUCCAAACGAUCUCUCUCCCUCAUUAUUCCUAAAAAUCCUACUCACAACCAAGCAUCUCACCCAACUCAAAUUUGCCUUACUCAAAAUAGAUCCACUGCCUUCCUCAAGAAGAAGAAGGCUUCUGCAGUCAGUACCAGAAGGGGUAAAUCUGGAUUUGGAGUCGAUGAAAUUCUCAGAUAGUGGAAGUGCGAAUAGAGCAGAUUUGUGUACAAAUGUGGUGGAGUUUGUACUGGGGUUGGUUGAAUCUGGGUUUUGAAGGAAAUUGAAGAAGGUGGUAUUUGCAAUGAUGAGGUUAAACCCUAAAGAAGUUCAAAAGAUUAUUGAAAGGUUUGUUAGUUAUAUCACAAGAAAUAUAUGUUUGGAACAUAUGUUGAAAUAAACAAUAUAAGGAGCAAGUUUUUGGUAUUUUGCUGAUAUACACAUAUUUUUAUAUUAUUUAUUUAGAAAAUACAUUCCUUCAACGAUAGAAAUAAUGCUGAUGUGGCCAUCUAGUAAGAUUGUGUUCAGUAAAUCCAAAAAUGGAACAGUUCAAACCAAAAAGUUUGAUUUUUAAAGUUAUAAUAGCUUUAUCUUUGCAAUUUCUCUUU